CUCAAGUUGCAAGUUCAUCACUUAAGAGGAAGUCGGAUGACAUGGCUUGGGAGUUUGCCGAGUUGAUUGAUCCUAGUGAUCCACAAAGGCUCAAGUGCAAGCUUUGUGGAAAAGUUAUGUCGGGAGGGGUCACUAGGAUGAAGGAGCACAUUGGGCAGAUCAAAGGCACUGUGACCAGCUGUAUGAAAGCUACACAAGAUCAGAUUACUCGAGCUUUUGCAUCACACGAGGCACCAAAGAGGAAGAAAUUGGCAAAGCAAAAGCGUGAAGAAGAAGUUAAAGCUGCAGUCACCAUAGAGGUCAACGAGGAUGAUCAAGAACAACUGAAUGAAGUUGGUGAAGGUACUCCAAAGAAGGGGGCAAUGGAUCAAUAUCUUGCACCAAUUGAUCCUUCGAUCCCGUUGAAAUCUAAAAAACAGCAGACUAUAAAUGAUAGUGUUGAUAAGGAAAGAAGCUACAAAGUUGGGCAAUAUUUGGCUAGAUGGAUGUACAAGAAAAUGUACCCUUCAAUGCUAUCAAUGAUGAUGAUUUCAAACAGUUUUGUGAGGCUCUUGGUCGCUAUGGUCCUGAUUGGAAGCAACCCUCGCAAUAUAUGAUCAGGGAGAAGAUGUUGGUUCAGGAGGUGGAAAGGACUAGGGAUUUGUUGAAGCCACAUGAGGUCGAGAGGGCGGAUACGGGGUGCUCUGUCAUGACUGAUGCUUGGACGGACAAGAAAAGGAGGAGCAUCAUGAACUUGUGCGUGCAUUGCAAGUUGGGGACCGUCUAUCUUGGAUCAAAGGAGGAUUCGACCGAUGCACAUACAAGUCUAUACAUUUUCAAUUAUGUGGAUGAAUGCAUUGAGAAAAUAGGUGCUGAAAAUGUUGUGCAAGUAGUCAUGGAUAAUGCUUCAAACAACAUGGGAGCAAAGGUGAUGUUGAAAGAUAAACGGCCCAAGUUAUUUUGGACCUCGUGUGCAACUCACACCAUCAACUUGAUGGUAGAAGAGGUUGCAAAGUUGAAGCAUUUUGGUUCUACAAUAACCAAAGCCAAAGAAAUGACUACUUUCCUUUAUGCACAUCAUACUACAUUGGCCUUGAUGAGGUCCUAUACAAAAAAGAGAGACAUUGUUAGACCGGGGGUGACUAGAUUUGCUUCGGCAUUUCUUACCUUGCAAAGUCUUGAUGCUAAGAGGAAGCAACUAAAGGAAAUGUGUUGUAGUGAUACUUGGGAAGGAUGCAAGCACAUGAGAACAAAGAAAGGGAAGGUGGCUCAUGCCGCAAUAAUGAGUAGGGCAUUUUUGGAAAAACGUGUCUCUUUGCAUUAA